AUGGCCGCAACAGAUCGCACUCCCUCCGUCAGUUCCUCGAUCACAGAGGGACCCGAUGAAAAGAAGAAUUCCUCAGACGGAAGCUUCGUAAAGCUGAAAGCUGGAGAACGGAGUGAAGCCGGCGAUGAUGUGGAAAGGGCAGAAUUACUCCCAGAAGACCAUGAAGAGGAGAAACCAGCGGCGCCAACGUCAAAAGACAACUCAACAAGGACUGCAAUUAUAUGGAUGGUGGUGAACACACUGGCAACAAUUGGCAUUGUUUUCACGAACAAAGCUAUCUUCUCCGACCCGUCCUUGAAGCUGGCGCAACUGACCUUUGCGGCAUUCCACUUCUUCAUAACAUGGCUUACGCUUUUCACACUCUCUCGUCCGCGGUUUGGCAUGUUCACCCCAAGAAGGGUUGCGGUCAAGGAAAUCAUCCCUCUAGCAAUUACAAUGGCUUUGAACGUUAUCCUUCCUAACCUAUCGCUCGCCUUUUCGACCGUCACCUUUUAUCAAGUAGCGCGCAUUCUACUUACGCCAACAGUAGCACUUAUGAACUUUGUGCUCUACAGGUCAACGCUUCCGAGGGGUGCGGUUCUGGCCUUGAUUCCCGCUUGUGUAGGUGUUGGAAUGGUCUCAUACUAUGACUCCCUUCCAAGCGCUGAUGCCAACAUUAAAACGACGAGCACGUUGGGCGUUAUUUUCGCAUUUUCAGGGAUCUUCGCCAGUUCGCUAUACACAGUGUGGAUUGCUAGCUAUCACAAGAAGCUCCAAAUGAACAGCAUGCAGUUGUUGUUCAACCAAGCUCCAUUGGCAGCAUUCAUGCUUCUCUACGUUAUCCCCUUUGUCGACACCUUCCCCACAUGGACGGAGGUUCCGAUAAACAGAUGGGUUAUGAUUAUGAUGUCGGGUCUAUUCGCCUGCGUUAUCAACAUGUCACAGUUUUUCAUCAUUGCGCAGACUGGUCCAGUAUCGAGCACUGUCGUUGGCCACGUCAAGACUUGCACUAUUGUAGCACUUGGUUGGAUGAUGUCUGGGCGUGCAGUUGGAGAUAAGUCGGUACUUGGCGUCUUUGUUGCAGUCGGCGGAAUCAUCACAUACUCCGUGGUAAUGCUUAAGCACAAAGCACAGGGUGGAAAAUAG